GAUUCCUACCUUCACUGUCUACAGUACAAUCUAAAAUUCAUUAAGCAGGGUUAGUGUGAUAAAAUGUACGUGAAUAAAGCUGUCAGUACAACAUUUGUGUUGAUGUGGAUAAUGCAGGGUCAAGAAACCCAAUCAAGUCCUUCAGCCACCUUCAGUGUGACACCAAGCGCUUCAGCUUCAACAAAAUCACUGGAUUAUUUUGGAUCUGUGGCACACACAUGAAGAGAAGUUCGUCAGCAUUAAGCUGGGUGAGGAGAUUAAUCUAAGCUGCACAAAUCGAACAUGGAGCACAAUGCUGUUUGAUACCUGGGAGUUAAAGCACACGGACGAAAUGAAGUGCAGAAUUGCAAACAGCAAUAGUGAUCCUGCUGUCAAUACUUGUAAUGAUGGAAGAAUACUUAUCAGUACAACUGAAGGAAGAUCACAGCUGCACAUACCCUCGUUUAAAUAUACAUAUGAAGGGAUUUACAAAUGUCAGACAGCUUUCCAACAUGGGAGCCACAAAAUAUUGUUUAAUGUAUCUGUCAUAGUUCAACCAGAGAUAAGUGGAAGAAUUGAAUAUUCACCCAAUGACAAUCACAGCGUGGCUGUGUGUGAAGCUUCCAGUGGGAAACCAAAAGCAAGCAUAUCAUGGACAUCAGAUGGAAAUGUAACAGACAAGAUAACUUACAAUCAAAAUCGUACCUUUACAGUGGAAAGCAGGCUUAUCAUACCUUACAAUGCAUCGAUGGGAAAUGUCACCUGCAUAGUCAGUCAUCCAUAUUGGAAUGAAUCACAAACUUACACUAUUUCACUCAGAGGCACAGAAACCCAAUCAAGUCCUUCAGCCACCUUCAGUGUGACACCAAGCGCUUCAGCUUCAACAAAAUCACUGGAUUAUUUUGAUGAAGAGAAGUUCGUCAGCAUUAAGCUGGGUGAGGAGAUUAAUCUAAGCUGCACAAAUCGAACAUGGAGCACAAUGCUGUUUGAUACCUGGGAGUUAAAGCACACGGACGAAAUGAAGUGCAGAAUUGCAAACAGCAAUAGUGAUCCUGCUGUCAAUACUUGUAAUGAUGGAAGAAUACUUAUCAGUACAACUGAAGGAAGAUCACAGCUGCACAUACCCUCGUUUAAAUAUACAUAUGAAGGGAUUUACAAAUGUCAGACAGCUUUCCAACAUGGGAGCCACAAAAUAUUGUUUAAUGUAUCUGUCAUAGUUCAACCAGAGAUAAGUGGAAGAAUUGAAUAUUCACCCAAUGACAAUCACAGCGUGGCUGUGUGUGAAGCUUCCAGUGGGAAACCAAAAGCAAGCAUAUCAUGGACAUCAGAUGGAAAUGUAACAGACAAGAUAACUUACAAUCAAAAUCGUACCUUUACAGUGGAAAGCAGGCUUAUCAUACCUUACAAUGCAUCGAUGGGAAAUGUCACCUGCGUAGUCAGUCAUCCAUAUUGGAAUGAAUCACAAACUUACACUAUUUCACUCAGAGGCACAGAAACCCAAUCAAGUCCUUCAGCCACCUUCAGUGUGACACCAAGCGCUUCAGCUUCAACAAAAUCACUGGAUUAUUUUGAUGAAGAGAAGUUCGUCAGCAUUAAGCUGGGUGAGGAGAUUAAUCUAAGCUGCACAAAUCGAACAUGGAGCACAAUGCUGUUUGAUACCUGGGAGUUAAAGCACACGGACGAAAUGAAGUGCAGAAUUGCAAACAGCAAUAGCGAUCCUGCUGUCAAUACUUGUAAUGAUGGAAGAAUACUUAUCAAUACAACUGAAGGAAGAUCACAGCUGCACAUACCCUCGUUUAAAUAUACAUAUGAAGGGAUUUACAAAUGUCAGACAGCUUUCCACCAUGGGAGCCACAAAAUAUUGUUUAAUGUAUCUGUCAUAGUUCAACCAGAGAUAAGUGGAAGAAUUGAAUAUUCACCCAAUGACAAUCACAGCGUGGCUGUGUGUGAAGCUUCCAGUGGGAAACCAAAAGCAAGCAUAUCAUGGACAUCAGAUGGAAAUGUAACUGACAAAAUAUCUUACAAUCAAAAUCGUACCUUUACAGUGGAAAGCAGGCUUAUCAUACCUUAUAAUGCAUCGAUGGGAAAUGUCACCUGCAUAGUCAGUCAUCCAUAUUGGAAUGAAUCACAAACUUACACUAUUUCACUCAGAGGCACAGUGCUAGGUUCAUCAAAGGAGUCGCAAUGGAUUGUACUUUUUGCCCUCAUAGGGUUUUUCCCGAUAUAUAUUGUUUGCAUCAUCGUAUUUCUCCUAAAAUAUGAAUCAAGUUGACCCCAAGUAGGUAUCUAUAUUAAAUUAUUGUGUGUGCAUUAAUAAAGAAAUGGUAAUAAAGAAAUAACACAAUGUAAAGCAACAAGAUUGGUAAUCACAUUUUGCCCUGCAGACUGUAAAAGUAGCCAUCAGUAACUACGGAUCACAGAGAAAAUCAUAUGCAUACAAAACACCUCAACACUGGAUUGAAGUUCCAGUAUGAUUUGCAAAGUAAGUUAUUGAUGUUAAUUUAGAAAUUUAGAUUGCAAAUACAAAAGAUCUAAGUUUGUGGUAAGCUACCAUUAGAUUUAAAAUUUUGCAUGAAAAGAUAGCGUGAGUGAUUUUCUGAAAUAAGGUGGGGAAGCAUAUUAGUGUUGCACUUUGUACUGAAACCCACAGGUAAUGCAUUGUGCAGUAAAACAUUGUUCACAUAAUAAGGAGAAUAAGGAGAAGUCGAAAAGAAAAAGGAAAACAAAAAGACUUUAAGGAAAAACUACAAAAUAAAGGGUGCAGGUCUGUGUGUCUCACGUUGGAGUCUCAUCGACUCGCUGCUCCAGAGUUUCUAGUUUCCUCUUUUUAGGUAAGGAUUUUGCCGUGAAGUCACGCUCCACCGUACUUCCUGCAUGAGCCAGAGAGGAUACAAAACAGUGACUUUUUAUUCAGUCAUACAUCCGUAUAGUUCCUCCCUCCCCCCCCAGCCAAUGACACAACAUCAGCCAAGUUUCUCACAGCUGAUUCCUGUCAACCAGACAUUGCCUGACAUCGUGGGAACAAACAGGGUAUCUGAACCCCCCACAAACUCACGCAUACGCCCAACGGCGAGUCCAGAUCCCUCCCCUCUCACACCCCAGUUUAGAAAGCCCAGCACAUCAUACACUCAGCUUCCUUUGUGACUGGGAAUCUGCUUGAAACCAGCUUUGCUGCUCAACAUGUUUCAAAUUCAAC